AUGUCUUACCAUAUAGCCGGAAAUGAAUACAAUAGCGCGCCGGCACAUCACCACCAAGCCCCGGCACCAAGUGGGCAGCCGGACAUUACAUCGCCAUCGUCGACAACGUCGCCUCGCUACGCCUCGAACUUCUACCCAACCUACCCUCAACAACCCAUGUCCGCCGGCCCCGGCACCAUGCCCUCCGUCCACGACGCCAUGAACUCCAUGCACCCACAAGCCUCCUCCACCCUCGCCACCUCCUCCUCCUCCGCAGCGAAAGACGAAGAAGAAGUCGAAGCCGCCGCGUCCCGCAAACGCAAGCUCUUCGGCGACAUCCCGGACGCGAAAAAGCGCAAAUUCAUCAUCGUCGAGGACGCGCAGCGCGGCCAGCGCGUCCGAGUCCGCGUUACGUUGGACCAGGUCAAUAUGCAAGACAUGCCUGACGCGCAUCUCAAGAUCAACGCCGUGUAUCCGCGCUCGUACUACCCGCGGCAGUCUGGCGAGUCGGCCACGGGGCCGAAGAUACCUGAUUGGGAUGACGAGGAUGAUGGGGAGCCUGGCGCGAAGAGGGGCACGACGAUGGUGAAGAUCCCGUUGAUGGAGGGAGAGGAGACGCGAAUGCCAGUGCCAAAGAUGACGAGGGCGAGGCGGGGCAAGGAGAUGGCGUUGAAUGAGCUCGGGGCGAGGAUGAGCUGGCAGCAGGCGAGGACGUUCCACAAUCGGCCGUUGUUUUUGCAGAAGAGUCUGGACGCCCACCGCACCAAAGUCCGCGAGGCGAUGAUGGGGGCGGACGAGCCGGGCGGCAGCACCGACGCGGGACAUUUCGAGACGAGACCGGGAAAGAGAAAGUGGCUUGCGAGGAAGAGGCCGGUGAUGCGCGAGGCGCAGGAUGGGCAGGAGGAGGCUUAG